AUGUUUAUAGGUUUAUAGGAAAUUUAUCUCUUAGUCGAUCCAAAAGGUUAUCCUUUUGUGCCAAUAUCAAAGCCUAGUGAGGAGUUGUUAAAGGCAGAGAGAGGUUCAUUUCAAACAUUACAUGAAAAAAAUUAGUAUAUACUUGAUAUAGCAUAAAAGGUUUUUAAAAAUAAGAGGAUUACGUUUUAUGCUUAAGAAAAGAUAGUAGAACUAAAUUUUCUUUUAGCCCUUAUCGACUAAGGAAUGAGGUCAAGUAUUAGCAAGUUAAAAGAUACAUUUAAAGAUAAUUCAGAAAAAGGUGUAGGAAUAAGCUAAUAGGAAAACUUAGAAGACGUUGAAAGGGAUAUUAUUGAUUAUUUAAAAAUAUUAAUAAAACUCCCAGAUAUAGCGUUUGAUUUGAGAAUUAAUUAUAAUAUGUUUGUCUAAGGAUUUAAUAAUUUUUCUUAGAUUUUCUUGUACUCUGAUAACAACGAGCUUCUCCUCUAUACUUCUUUAUUUUAUUUAAUUUAUUAUAAGCAUUAAGGUGCAACUCUGUAUGAAAUGCCACCAGAAGAUUAAGAAUUGCUAGCUUCUCUUUUCUGUGCAUAUUUAGCAUAUCAAAAUAAUACAAAUAGGAUGUAGAUAGGAGAUUUGUUAGAAACAUUAGAUGAAAUUAAAAAUAUGAAAUAGUUAGCUCAAAAUGAUCAAAGUUGCUCAAAAUAAAAAUGUUCAUUUAAAGAAUUAAAUAUUGAUUUAGAAUUUGAAAUUAGCGUUCCUAGUAACUAGGUUGAUAUUAAUUCAGGAAACCAAAGCUAUGAAGAAGAUCUGAGUGCAUCUAAAUAAUAUAGCAAUAACCAAAAUACCAAAAAUAUAACUUUAUAAGUAAGAGAGCAAAAUAUUGAUUAAAUAUUCAGUUCAAAAUAAGAGAAAUGCAUCAAUGUUGUUGAUAAUUUACUCAAAAAGUAUUUGAAUGAAGAAGAUUAUAAAAAUUAAAAAAGAAAAUUUUACUCCCAAAGUUUUAUAAAGCUUCUUUUAGAGAUUAAAAUAUUAAAAGCAUAUCACCAUUCUAAAGAUGCUCAUUUGAUUGCUGUUCAGCAACUUGUUUUCCUUCAUUUAAAUCUUAUUGGAGCUAAAAAACCUUUACAUAAUUAUUCUUAAUUCAUAAAUUAAAAGCCAAUCUAACCCCUAGAUGCUUACUACGAUUAAUUACUUUUGCAAAAAUAUUGUCUUACAAAAAUUAUAUAAAAUAUUACCAGUAUAGAAGAAUCUAAAAAUAAUUUAAACAACAAAUAAAAAGAAGAAUUCAGUAAUAAUGAAAGUCAGCAUGUCAACUUAAUGCUUAGGAGUUUAUCAAACUGCGGUCCACUUAUUGCACAUAUGUGCAUGUAUAAAAUUGAAAGUAAGUUUGUCAACUCCUUUAAGAUCACAUAUGAGUAAAAUAUAUGCGAGUUAUGGGUCUAGUUUUUUGAAAAUGUACUAUAAAAAACAUUUGAAGAUGAAAGGUCUAUCAACUAUUCUGAUUACUUAAUGCUAUUUAAAGUAUUCGAUUCGUUUUACAACGAAGUGGAAUAUUUUGGGAUCGAUAUGAGGCAGCAUCUAGAAGAUUCUAAUAACACUUUAAUAUAAGAAAAAGUCAGCUUAGUACAAGAUAUUUUUAAAAAAAUAUUUGAAAAGUUAUCAGUGGCAAGUAAAACAUUUUUGAAAGUUAAAAUGCAGGAAUUUAUUCAAUAUCCAAAGAAAUACAUAUGGAAUUCUCUCUUAUUGUGUGAGUUGAUUUCUAUAGAACCUGAUCUAGCUUUUAAAAUAUUUCAACAAUUUCUUGGCCUUAUGCUUAGCUAAUCCCAAUUUUUAAUUUAGGAAUUAGGAGAACAAGCUAUUGAAAAAAUAUUUUUAAACUUGAUUUCUUAUAUCUUCAAAGAAAAAAUAACAAACUCUACUGUUUACAUAUAAAAUUUGAUAAAUAGAUAACUUUUUAUAGAUAUCAAAGCUCAAAUUCUUCAAAGCAAUCAAUUCGGGCAUUUAAUUUUAAACUAGAUACUCUACCACAUUUUAGAAGCAGAGAUUUAAUUUACAACAAGAUACUUGCUAUACUAAGUUGAUCCUAAACCUGAGGAAAUCUGGGAAAUCUUGGCAGAAAUUUUUAAGCUACUUUCAGAUAGGAAUUAGAUAGUCUUUUUAAAGGGAUUCAGAUUAAUUAAAAGAUUCCUCGAAGAGUUGAUAGAUAUAUACAAAAGAAAUGAGUAAAUCAUUCAUAACACAAAAGUGUGCUAAGUCUAUUCCGAGCUCUGUGUAAAGAAUACAUUGAUCUGGGGUUAGCGCUCAGGAAUUUAAGAACAUACUGAAGUUAUUUAGUUUACAUAUCCUGAAAUAUAGAAGCAACUAAAAAUACAAAUGAUUUAACUCAUGGAUAUGAUUAAAUAAGAGGACGAUUUCAUAAUCCGUUUUUUAGAUAAAAACAAUUUAGCAUUAAAAAAGAAAUUAAAAGCCAUAAAAAGUAAAAGAAAAUAUAACAUUACCAUAGAAGAUGAAGAUUUAGAUGAUAAGCAAUCAUUUUCACUUGCUUAUCACAGUAUGUUUACUUUAUUAGAAUUCAAAUAUAAAGUACUAUGCUCUAAUAGCUUGUAUUAUAUAAAUUGCAUUUGCACAACCUUAAACAGGAGCAUAAGCUAGACGGAAUUCGAAGAAAUAUUUUUAUACUGCUUAAAUUGCUGCUCACCACUGGCUCCUUAAAUAUAAAAAAAGGCAGAAAAAGAAAGUAACAGCAAUCAAGCUUAGUUGCGUUUCCAAGCUACAGAAUUAUUUGGGAGACUAAGACGAUUUUCUGAUUCAGAUGCUCAGCCAGUUUUAAUGGUAAUGACAGAAGUAUGCAAAGAUUACCUAGACAAUCUUCCUCUAUUACUAAAAAGACUUUCAAUACAAAUGAGAAAUUCAUCACAAAACUCAAAAAACAAAUAAAAUCCAGGAAUUUACCCUAAAAAGCCAUUUAUGAUGAUGAGAUUUUGGAAAGAUUAAAGGUAGGGAUUCUUAAAGCUAUUGUAAAACGCUUACUUCACAGGAGAACAUUAUGAGAUGCUUAAACAAAUUAGACAAUGUGAACUUGUUCUGUUUCUAUUUAAAAAGGCUAUAUUAAAUCUUUACUCAGUAGGCCACUACAUCAAUUCAAAUGAAUUUUAUGAUAAUUAUGCCUUUAUUUGCUAAAAAGCUAUUGAAUCUUAAGAAAUACUUUCAGUGACUUUCUUAGAUGAAAUGUGCUCUUAUCUUCAAUAUAAAGUAGACAAAGCUAAAGCUUUUUCUGAAUAAUACGCAUAAUACUAGCAAUAUCUCUAAAUCAAAUUCCACAAACUAGAAAAGGGAACUUUUAUUUCAGAUGCAAAAUGGACUAAUUCAUUUGACAAAUUUAUAUUUAGAAAUAUCAGAUUGCCUAAAAUGAUUUUCAAGGUAACAAUGCUUGCUACAAAGCUAAAAAGAGUAGAUCUUUCUCUGAUUCCAUCUCCAUAUCAAACUGAUAGAAAAUUUAGUUAGAGAUAUUCAAGAAUGAUUAGAGAAAUCAGCUAUUAAAUUAUAAAAUACAAUUGCAGAAAUAUAGUCAUACUUAGUCAAAGGAUGAAUCAGAGUUAACUCACAAAUAUAAUAAAAUAUUUCUUUUACAUAGAGAGUAUAAGAUAAAAUACAGAAGGUAUUCCAAACAGCCAUAAUAGCUUAUUUAUCCCAAUCAUGUGCUCAGAAUUAUAUGCUUCAUGCUCACUGAUUUUAUCUAGUGUUUUAAGAACCCUAAAAGAGUAGAAUAUCACAAUUGAUUACCAAAAUUAUUAACUUGGAUUCAUUGAAAAAAAUAUGUUGAGAGACAUUUUCUUCUCAUUUUUAAAGCAUCAUGAUAACUUCUACUCUUUUAUCAUGAGAGAUUUAGUUAUUUAGCCUAGAGUUUUUUCAAAAAGAUAUUUAAUUUCUAAUGAGAUCUUAGAGCACUACAAAGAAGAAAUUGAAAACUCGGACAGUUAUUUUAAAAUUUCUACUGAGUUUACCACUUAUAUGAAACAUAUUUUUUCUAGCAUGCCUAUUUAUGCAAAAUACAAUGAGUAGAUUCCUGAAAAAUUGGCUGAAUCUUUUUAUGAGAUGACUAAAGAAUACCACAAAGAUAGAACUCUUACAGAUAGAGAAAAAUAAUAAUUAGUAAUGUAUUUAGAGGAUCUAGCUCUUAGGAUAUUGAACCUUUAUUUGCACUCAACAUAUGUUAAUUAAGUAAGAACAAGGAGUUCUCAUAUUAAUAAAGUCAUUUAUAGUUACAUCAAUUUAAAGAUCAAAAACUAAGAAGAAAUUUUACAGUAAAAAAAAAUAAUUUCUAUUUUCUUCUUGAAAUAAAUGGAGCUGCAUCUAUAAGAUUUUAUACCCUAAUGGAAUUCAAUAUCACAUGGUGGUUAUGUUUUGAGAGAGAAUCUACUUGAGAAAUAUAACUCUAUUUAUUUGAAGUCGGAUAUUGAAAAUAAGUUACUUCUAUAUAAGCCAAAUUCUUUAGAUCCUAUAAUUAACGCAUGCACACUGGCUAUGAUAAUGAACUUACUAUGUCGUCUCAUUUAAGAAUCUCCUGAAAUGGAUCCUAGUUUAGACUAAGGAAUGAAAUAUGUAUUUGGGUAGUCAUGGAUAAGCUGCAAAUACUUUUUAUAAUACAUUUCAAAAGUUAUGGAGGAAACGAAGUUUAGAAAAAUUGGUACUGACGAAUCAAACACACUUGACUUUGAUCCUAUAAGAUACUCAAUGGUAAUUACAGAGAAUCUACUUAACUACUCAGCAGACAUUCUUGUAAAAUUAGAAAGAAAUCAAAAUAUGUAAAAAGCUGCUUAGUUAGAAUUGACGGAAUAUAGAUAUAAAGAGAUAUUUAAGAAGGAAAACUGGUAAGAAUUGUUUGACCUCUCAGCAGACAUAGUAAAAAAUUACUUAAAUAUGGAAAUUACAUAAAUAGAAAAAUAUUCAAACCACACAAUACUUGGUAUAAGGAGUGCACCUCUUCGAAAAUUUCUUGGUACAAUGACAAUGUGUAUUUAUCAAGACCCUAACGAGUAAAAGAUCAAAAGACUAUUAAAAGAAACUCUUCCACUUUUACAAAAAACACCAAUUAAAUAAAGUAACUUUUCAGGAUGGAAUAAUUCUUUAUUCAAAAUAUUGAGACAGCUAUGCGAUUCUGUAUUUGUUUACAGCAGCACCCUUUAAUUCAAAAAGGAAUGCCUGAAGCUACAUAUGCUCGAUAUUUUCUAUGACAGAUUCUAGUGUAAAAUAGCUGAUUCAUAUGAGUACAUCAAACUAAAGAACUUCUCUGGUUCAGUAUUUGCAGCUCAGCCAGAAUUAUUUUUAGAAAUUUUAAACGAAUAUUUUGAUAUAGAAAAGGAAGGAAUUUCUAAACUUGAUUUAUAACAGCAAUAAAUCAAUAAGUUACUGCAAAAUAGCCAAACUUUUAAGUUAAAGAGUAAAAUUGUGUACUUCGAUAAUGAUGUUUUAUAGUCUAAAAUUCCUACUCUCUGCUAAGAACUCUUAAAUUUCUUAAUAGAAAGUUUUGCAACUUCUCUUCAAUUGAUGCUUGGAUAAGUUUAUUAACAGAAAGAUAGAGUUUAUCAUUCUACAUUUUCUCAUGAAGUUUCAUUAAAAAUAAUUAUUUAAUUAUGUGGAAAGUAUCCUCUAGCGAUACCUUAUGUAAUAGCUAAAGAGCUUAAUGCUUGUACUCUACUGCUUUAAACAAUACAUAUUCCAAGACUCUACGAGGCUAUUCAUUAGCAUAUAAAGAAUAAAGGAAAUAAAAUUGCUUUCAUUGACUAUUUAUUUUUAGUUUCUCCUUACACUUUUAAUGUCUCCAGAUAGUUCUUUAAAUUUGUUUCUAAUUCAAUAAAUUAUUGCUAUAAAGAAAUAGAUUGUCCUUUUUAGACAAAAGACGAAAAUGGAAAAAUAAGGAGAAUUGUCGUUGGUUCUAAUUAUGAAUUUAAAAAUUAUCUCAUAAAUCUUCAUGAGCUAAAGCUUGAAGAAAUAUUAAGCGCUAGAGAAAUUCUUACUUCAGAUUAAGAUGUAAUAGAGCUAAAGGAUCUGUUAGUUAGUUACUAUUAAUUAUACUUAAGUGGAGGAUAUUCAAGUUAGCUUAAUAUUUCAAUAGACGAAGAGCAGUAUUUAAAAAAUUAAUAAAUAAUUAAUUUGCCAAUUUAUUAUUUGCAAAUUAAAGAAAUCAAUCUUAAAAGAUGCUAUUAAAAUUUAUCAAAAAUAAUUGAAAAAUGCUCUCAAUCUGUCAAGUAGAUGAAUAUCUUAACUGCUAUAGAUUUUUAUAGCAUCUAUAAAUAAGUCUAAAAGGAAAUUAUUCAAAUUUAGUUCAGUCUCUUUUCUGAUAAGUUUUAUGCUAAAGGUAUACACAAUCUGAGAAAUCUUAAAUAGAUGAGCAAUAAAAAUUUAGUGUCUCUUAUGACUGAAAAAAAUAUCGAAUAAGUAGUUAAAAAUGUUAACGAAAUUAAGAUGCUAAAACAAAUUCCUGUUUUUUCAUCAGUAGAGGAAAAUAAAACAACUCUUGAUGAAUAGACAAAUAAAGCUAAUGAAAAUCAAUCUUCAGCUACUAGAAAUAUUACUCUACCUAAAGAUAUGCUCCUAAAAAGCUUUUCAGAAGAAUGUAAGCAGCAAUAGGACUAAUUUAGAAAAUACAGUUAGAAUCCUGAUAAUUAUUAUCAUAAAGAGAGUAAUCAUAUAAAAGUGGAUACUUAUCUUAGAAAAAAUUCAAAAGAAAGCUUUUCUAAAUUUUAUGUCUCAAGAGGAUCUUGGUCCACUUGCGUCUACAACAGCACAUCUAAAAUCAAUACUUUAGAGUACAUUAAGAACCAAGUUUAACAAAAUCAUCUUUAGGGAGAGCUAUCUAACUAAUUCUAUUCAGAGUACUUAGAGUGGUCGCUAAAUUAUAUGUCAGAAGAUGAAGAUUCUGAUUUAUUCUACAGCCUUUACAUCUAUGAUUCUGAAGAUAUAGAUAAAUGGCCCAAAAAGAAUAAUAAUCUUAAGCCAUAAAAUAUUUAUCAAACUAUUUUGCUUGAAUUUGCUGAAGAAAAAAUCUAAGAAAUAAGAUAAGCAGAGUUGACCUAAAACAACUCUUAACAUCAAGAUAACUCUUUAUUCUAAAAGUCGAGUCCUAAUACCAGUGCCGUUAGUAGUAUAAAUAGCCCAUUUCCUCAAGGAAGAUCUGUGAAGUAGUUUAAUCUUGAUGAGGGAAACUAGUUAGUUAAAACUAUCCAAGGAAAUCAAAAAAAUUUAUGCUAAAGUGGAAGUGUAGAAAAGAGUCAAAACAACACCUUGAAUUUGAGAAAUAUAAAUAAUGAUAUUCUUUAAAUAAGAACAAUAACAAUCAGAUAAUUAGAUUAAUAAAAUACUUCUGUAAAUGAUUAGGAAUAAAAUUAAUAAAUAAUAGAAAACAUAAACAGUAACAACAACACCAAUAAUAAUAAUCUGACAAUAUUUUCUAAUGAUAGAGGAUCAGAGUUUAAUUAUCCUAAUUCUAUUUACAAUGAUUAGUAUGGUUUAAAUAAUGAAACUCUAAAUUUUGAGUAAAUUGAAGAAAGGAAAAAUGAGCCUUCAAACAGAUAACCAAGAAGGGAGGACGAUUCAGAUUAUGAUUUAAAUAUAUAUAAUUCUAAUAUAAAUGGAAGGAAAAAUGAGGAAGAUGAAGAUCAAUUAACCAGCAUUUAAAAUUAAAGAAAUCUUUUACAUAGAGAUAAUAUUGCCAUACAAGAAAAUUUAAAUUAAAGAGAGAUAAGGGCUUCAGAAGAUGAUCUCAAUCAAGUGUAGCUAAGAAGUGAAAAUACAGGUGGAAAUGAAAAUUAUUAAUAAGUAAGAAUUACUGAUUUGAAUAGUCGUAAUAUUUAUUUUAGUGAGUGUGAUGAUAGAUAUGUUUUUAAUUCAUCAGAGCAUAAUGCAGAUGGCAUUCAGUAAGAUGAAGAAGAAGAAAAAAAUGAUUACAAUACUUAAGAUAUUAGGGAUAUCCAUUAACUAGGUGAGUUUAGAGAGAACUUUGACUCUCUAUUUUAUGAGUCUCUGAAUAAAAGAGGAAGAUCUGAUGAAAUAAGAAUUGAAGAUGAACUUAGAGAAGAUUUUAUAGAUGAGAUUGAAGAAGAUUAGCAAAAUGUUGGUAUUGCAGUAGACUAGGACCUCGCUUUUGACUAAGAAAGCUAAGAGAUAUUGUAAGAAUUUGAUUGGACUCUCCUUGAUUUUCCUAAAAAUGCCUUAAAUUAGUACGGAAUCGAUAAGCAGCUAUUUAGACUAGCAACUGAUGAAGAAAAAGUUGAAAUGCUAGUCUAAGCUCAAGAAAGGUACUAAGCUAUGAAAGAAAGAGAAUAAGCAGAGCUUAUAACGCGUGCUUAAUAGAGAAAUAAUUUUAAUUUUGAGUAGUAUGGAUUAACUCCUAAUUGCUUAGAGGAGUUUGAUAUAGAUCCAACUUAUUUCUUUUCUUUACCUGAUGAUGUUAAAAUUGAAGUACUAAAUUUGAUUAAGAGAGACUAAACAAAUCUUAAUCAGAUAUGCAUCAGCCCAAGUAAUAACAUAGAUAGAAGUAAUUUCUAAAAUAGCAGCGGAAACUAAAGUCUUAGCGCCGUAGAUGAUGGAAAGUCUCCUAAAAAAUAAAAUCUUUCACCUGAACAGUAAACUCAUCAAAAGUUAAAGUUAAUGCUUCAAAGAGAAUCUAUGGCUUUAAAAAGCCUUAUUUAAAGUAGUGAUUUUCAAUCAAGGAUCAAUUAUAGAAAGCAAGAUAUCAAAAAGAUAGUAUCUUUCCUUAAAAAUUUAGAUGCUCAAACAUAAGAAGGUAUUCUUAAAAUGGCUGACAAUAAUUUAGUUGAAAAAUUGCCUAAGGAAAUGCGCUAGAGAGCUCUCAAUUUAAGAAGGUAGUAUAAUUAAAUUUCUAACAAAGACACACUAAAAGUUUACAACAGCAGUAGCUAAAAUGAUCUAUUUAGAAAUAACAAUAGAAGGAUGUAUGAUCUCGUUUAUUUACCUUCGCUAGAUGACUUAGUCUAUGCAGACUCAGAUGAGGAAUCCGAUGACAACAAUGAAUCAAAUUUAUCAAUUGAAGCAGAUCAAGUCUUAGAAGGAAACUCAGAAUAAGAUGAAAAGGACUCGUAAAUAAUAUCUUAAGGAUACACUUCAAUUGCAAAUUAAUCAACACUUAAUAAUAGCUAUAGCAGCAGUGACAUCAGUGGAAGAGGAAGAAAAGAAGAUGAAGCCUAAAAAUAUUCUGUUAAAAAGGAAUAAACUUACAAUGAAGUGUCUUAUAAAGAUGAUUUAGCAAAAUGUGAGAAGCAGGUUGAUAAAAAGAUUGGUGAGUAUAGUAUUAAUAGUGCCGAAUUUUACAUGAAUUUAGAUGUUAUUGAUGAUGAAGUUCUUAUAGGAAUUAUUCACAAUGCUAUAUUUGCUCCUAUUAGAAUGCAGAGCAGCGAUAAUUUUGCAGGAUUUACAGAUAGCAUUUUUAAAAUGUUGAAGUUAUUAUCUCUCAGUCCCAUAAAUGGUUAUAAAAUAGCAGAUGCAUUGACAUUUUAUCUUUCACUUUCAGAAUAAAGAUUCUAAACUGUGAUAAAAUUUCUUCCAUUUUAUAAGGAUUUAGACUAAGCCUCUAGUCUAAUCAUUCCAAGAAGCGAAAUUUAAUCAAGGAUAUGUUCUUUGAUUAGGAGGCUAUUGGGUGCAAAUGUUUGUGCACCUCUCUAUAUUCAGGGGGUAAUAAAUAGCAAUAAACCACUAAAAUUAUCAUCACCAACAGGAAAUUUAAUUCAUAUCAAUAAAACACAAGAAUUUAUUAACAAAGGAUUUUAAAAAUAAAAGUUAAAUUCAUCUAACAACUCAAUAAAAAAUGAUAUAUUAAUUUAAAACUCUUUAGCUUCAACAUUGUAAUAAUAAUAAUCAAACUAUUCUAAAUUUUUAGUUCCUCUUGAAUUUAUUACAAAAAUGAGAUAGGAAAUAAGCAAAGGAAGUGUUAGCACUGUUUAUAGCAGUUACUUAGAAAACUCAUCAGUAUUUGAGCUAGGCAUAAAGUUAAUUGGAGAAUAGAUACUUUCUAAAGGUUAAAGUGAUGAUGGGCUACUCAUUGUAGAUUACAUUUUGGGAAAAUCAGAAUUCGCUUCAUCUGCUUCUAUGCCUAUUGAUGUAUCUUAAAAUGAUUGGAAUAAGUCACAGAAAUACUCCAAUUAUAAUUAAGAUUAGGAAGAGCAAGGAGGAGAAGACACACUUGGAAAGCUUAGAAAUAGAAAGUUAUCUCAUGAUGUGCAUAUUAAGCAUCAUUAAUUUGAUUAAUAAAAGUUCCAACCUUCAUUUUAUAAUAACAAAGAAGGUACACUUAACUAUGAGCAAACAGAAAAUGAGUUUUUCAAUUAUGAUUAAAUUUUAUCUCAGCAGUAAUUAAUCCAGAGAAGAAAAAACCAGCUGAAGCAGCUCAAAAAGAAUUAAAAUAAAAAAAAUAAAAGCAAAGUGUAAAACCUGUACGAGUCAAUAUCUCCUUACAUGAAAUAGGAUUAGAAGAAUAAUCGUUAGAACAAUUAGUCUAUAGGAAAUUCUCCAACAAGCCAUUUAAAUUUUAGCUACCAAUUCAAUCAAAGUAUUUCAAGUACAGCUGCUCAGAAUGGCUUUUCCAGUCAAGGUAUAAUGCGUUAACUUGAACCAAAUAGAGCAACAGAGUAACCUAAUUCAAAUUAUUCUAGUUAUGUGACCCAUGAUGAUAAAUACAUAUUAGGUGAACAGAUUAUAAACAAUAAUUUUAUGAAAACAUUUUGUGAAAUCAUUUUCAAAUGUAACAAGAGAAUUAAAACAAAUAAUAACCUUCUUGGUAUUGUAAAGAGUUUAAUAAAAUUCAGGUCAGUAAAUUUUGUUACUAUUCUUUGUGGGAUACUUGAAUAGUACGGCAAACAGCUAGUUGAAGUGAUUUAGAAAAUUUAAUAAAAUACUGAAAAUUUUAAAAUACAUGUCCUUUAGAAGAACAAUUAUAAUAUGAAGGUUACUUUGCUCGAGUAAAUAAACGACUAAGAAUAACUCAAUAUUUUGCUCUCUAAAUUUGAAAUGGACACUAUUUAUAAGCUUACAGGUUCCCAAGAUUUCAGAGAGAUAUUCCAUAACUUGAGACAUUUCAUAAAAGAUAUGAAAUACAUCUUCGAGCAGUAUAUCCUUGAGGAAGCUAUUAAAUUUUAUACCCAAAAGGAGCGCAAACAAAGAGAAAAGGAGAUUAAGAAACUUAAUAAGCAAAUACAUGAAAUUAUAAAUGCGAAUACUCCAACAGUUUCGAUGCUUGACAUAGGAAGUUGUUUAAAUUUUUCAAGUCGCCAUAACUUAGAGCUUGCAAGAAUUUAAGAAAGAUUGUAAAAUAAAUAAAUUUAAUCAGCUCAUAACUUACAACAUUAGAAUAGUAGCCAUAAUAUUUCAUCGUCCUCUCAUACACUAAGCUAAGCUAAAUAGACUAAUUUAUAGUAAAGUAAAUUUGAUUUGCUUAAUGCAAACAGCGGUAUUUAUCUGUAGCAUAGUAGCUCUACUCACAUACUCAAUACAAAUAAUUUUAUUAACACUGGCAAAGACUAAAGUAUGACUGAUCUUAUAAUGAGCAAGCAUAAGAAAGACGAGCUUAUUUAAUCAAUGAAACAAUAAAUUGCCUAAAAGCAAAAAGAACUUAAAAAUUAUAUGGAAGAGGAGAGUAAAAAAGUAAGGCUAAAAUUCACUAACUUCUUAAAAAACAAAGUUUAUGCCAUAAGGUCUCUAAAUCUUGCAUUCCGUGAAUGUGUAGAAUAUAUCUUCACUCUGUAGGAACUUGUUGGACAAGAUUUUGAAUCUAAUAAUUCUUAAACAUUAGAGCUUUACUGCAAUUGGAAGUAUGCUCUGAAAUCUAUAAUCAUCCUUCACCAAUUCGUCAACCCUUACAACUAAGAAACCCAACAAAAUAAUGUUGAUUAAAGUAACACACCUAAAAAGAAUUAAGAAGACAACUCAAAUCCCAAUCCCAGAUAAAUGAAAAGAAUGUCAAUUGAUUCUUUUGAAGAGAACAAUGGAUCUUCACUUAAUUCAUCAAACGAUUACUAAUACAACAACAAUUCAAUUGAUUUUGUUGAAGAAAUAGAGGAAGAUUUAGAAGGUCCAAGACUAUCUAGACUAUUUACACAAGAAGAAACUGACCCAACAAAGCUUCCAACCAGUAUACUCUUUAGAAGUAAGUCUGCUUCCAAUCAGCCUAAGUUUGACAUUGAUUCAACAUUUAGUUUAAUGUAUUUACCUAAAGUAAUGAAUACUUUAGAAUAAAUUAUUUACUUGAACUCAGAUAGGCUUGAUAACUUCCAUCACUUUAUCAGAAAUGCUGAGAAAAAGGAUAAACUACCAUUAAAGCUAAAGCUGAGCUUCCUGAGAUCUCUAGCAAAGCAAUAUGCUAUUGACAGACAAUUAAAUCUUUCAGAAGAUUAAAAUUAGCAUCUCAAAUUCAUAAUCGAUAGAGAAAAGACUUGGCAUACUACUUUAGAAUAUUUGAGCAGAUAUACUCCUGCAGAGCUCACUAUAAAGCAAAUAAAGAUCUAAUUUAAAGAUGAAGAUGGUAUAGAUUACGGAGGUCUCACAAGAGAGUGGCUAGCUCUUUUGAGUAAAGAGGUUUUUAAUCCCGAUUAUGGACUCUUUUAGCUGUCUGCAAAUAAAAGAAGUAUACAACCAUCUCCAUUAUCUAUGCUCAUUCCAGAUCACCUUAAUCAUUUCCUUUUCUUAGGUAGGCUAGUAGGAAAGUCCUUGGUAGAAAACUGGCAUUUCGAUAUAAACUUUUGUAGAUCUUUCCUUAAACACAUGUUAAAAAAGAAUCUUUAUGUGAAGGAUUUGGAAGAUAUAGAUCCUGAGUUAAGUAGAAAUUUAAUGUGGAUGCUAGAGAAUGAUGUUGAUGAUUUAAUGUAUGAUUUUAGUUAUGUUGAAAAUAUACUUGGCUGCUAAAGGACAAUAGAUCUUAUUAAGGAUGGACAAAAUAUAGCAGUUACUGAAGAAAAUAAGAAAUAAUACGUUAAGAAAUUUUGUAUAGUAAAAAUGAUUAAUAAUAUAGAAAAAUAAGCGAAAGCAUUUAUAACAGGAUUAGAAUAAAUAAUUCCUCGUGAAGCUUUAGAGCUUUUUAACGUACAGGAACUGGGAUUACAUUUAACAGGAAUGCCAACUGUAGACAUUGAUGACAUGAAAAAAAAUACAUAGUAUUAGUACUACACAGAAAAUAAUAGAGUAAUUAAAUGGUUUUGGGAAGUAUUAUAAGAAGAAAAUGAAAUAAUAAGAGCUAAUUUCCUCUUUUUCCUCACAGGGUCUUUCAAAGUUCCUUAUGGUGGAUUUAAAAACUAUCCUCUCAAGAUUGACAGAGGUGUUUCGCCAGAUAGUUUACCUGUUGCUCAUACAUGCUUUAAUUAAAUAGAUUUACCAGAAUACGAAAGUAAAGAAAAGCUAAAAGAAAAAUUAUUAAUAGCAAUAUCUGAAGGUUCCCAAGGGUUCCAUAUUGGUUGA